UCUCUUUCUCCCUCUCUCUCUCAACGUUCUGCAACUUUCGACAUCUCUCUCUCUCUCUCUCUCUCUCUCUCUCUCUCUGAGCUUAAGGGCAAGUUUUAAAUGGUUGCGUGAAGCAGACGUUUGGAAUAUCAGUGCGAGUGUGUUUUUUUCUGGGCAAAGAGACUCAGAAGCUCGCACAGAACAACGCCCAACACAGCCCGACCGUUGCUCCUCGUCAUAAUGGGCAAGAAAGAGCAGAAGGACAGCGCAAGAGUCGAAGCUGUUCUUCAACAGCUUCGAAAGCAAGCCCCACUCACUGUCAAACAGGAGAAGUUCUGCAACAGCGCUUGCGUGGAGAGGUUCCUGAAGGCGAAAGGUGACAGUGUGAAGAAGGCGGCGAAGCACUUGAGAGCUUGUCUCUCAUGGAGAGAGAGCAUAGGCAUUGAGAACUUGAUGGCCGAUGAGUUCUCAGCUGAACUUGCGGAAGGCGUUGCUUAUGUGGCUGGCCACGAUGAAGAAUCCCGACCAGUCCUGAUUUUUCGGAUCAAGCAGGACUAUCAGAAGUUCCACUCUCAGAAACUAUUCACCCGGCUGCUGGUGUUUACCCUAGAGGUCGCCAUCGGAACCAUGCCCAAGAGCGUGGAGCAACUCGUCCUCCUUUUCGACGCAAGCUUUUUCAGAUCGGCGUCGGCUUUUAUGAACACGUUGCUGGCGUCGCUGAAGAUACUGGGGGAGUACUAUCCGGGUCGACUUUACAAGGCCUUCGUGAUCGACCCGCCUUCUCUCUUCUCCUAUCUAUGGAAGGGAGUUCGCCCGUUCGUCGAGCUGUCGGCGGCGACGGUGGUGGUUUCAUCCCUGGACUUUGAGGAAUCGCUGGACUUCCACGACUUCUCGGCCUACCCGCGCGCCUCGUCCCUCCGGUUCGACCCGGAUUCGAUCCAAGCGGGGGCCAAGGUCGGGCCGUGCUCGUCCUCCCGCUUCUCCUUCACCGUAUCCCACCACUUCGACUCGCUCAAGCCGUGGUACCUCACAUUGACCGACUCGUCGGUUUCCAAGGUCGGGCCCACCAGCCCGUCCCCGCUGGGCCCCGCCCUGAUCUCCCCGCUGAACGCCCGCUCAUUCUCCUUUGCGUCCCCGGCUGCCAGGACGCCGCGUGGCAGCGGCGGCGUCAUCGGGGCGAGGAAGUCGCUCUUCCCGUCGACCCCGCUGCCCCAGAGGACGAGCGAGCCGGUCAAGGUCGCGCAGCCCCGGACACCGCGCCCCUCGUUCCUCCAAUCCCCGGCCAUGUUCUUCCACCACCGCAAGGAGUGCCAUGUCAGCCGGGCGGAGAAGUCGCGCGAGUCCUUCGUGCCCUUCCUCAAGUUCUACCGCAGGCCGUACGAUGAGAUGAUGUACCGGUCCAAGAUGAGGCCCCCGCUGGGCGGCCUGAUCUCAAUCAUCUCGCCCCACGUCAAGCGCCGCCACAUGUCGGUAUCGCAACGGUUCUGAGAGAGAAAUCGAGCCGAAAUGAAGGAAAAAAACAAAGGGUGACAAAGCUAGUGACGAAAUUUCAAAAGUUUGGGGAGUAUAUAUGUUUUUGACAGCUAAGUAUCAAUGUGAAGCUAGUAACAAUAAUUUUGACUA